CGUGUUUCCUGCUGCCAUUGACUCAAACAGGGAAUCUGGCAUCCUGCGGGUGGAGAAGCGCACACUAAAGCAGCUAUUUUCGAUUUCCUUAUGGGUAUAUUUGAGGUGUUUCAUCUCAUAUGUUUUAUGAGAAGAUAGUGAUUGUUUAUUGGCGAUUAAGGCUCUUUUUUCAUAUUAUUUGAUCGAUGUGAAGUCGCUUGCCUGGUCAAGCGUUGACAACUGAGCUGGGUCAAGGUUCAAUCCUCCACGAGUGGAUUUAUUAUUUGUGGAGAGGCGGGGGAAACAUCUGCAGCGAGCGCCCGUGGAUGAAUGUGUAAUUUCUUCCAGCAAGGGCGUGAAGGAGCCGAGGUUGUUCUUCGCGUCGUCGUGGGAAUGAGUUGCCGCAGAAGAGGAGCGCAAAGAGAAAAUCAAGACUGCUGAUGACAAUGUGACUGCAACGCUUCUCUCUCGCUCUCUCGUUUUUUUAAAAAUCGAGAACAUGCAGAGAUGUGUCACGUUGCUCAGUGAAUAACAUCUGCAUUUAAAAAAAUAUAGCUGAAGUGUGGUCGUCAUGUCGGCGGUGAUGAUAAGCAGGAAGGUGCGGAAAUGGGAGAAGCUGCCGGGCAAGAACACUUUCUGCUGCGAUGGACGAGUGAUGAUGGCCCGGCAGAAGGGAGUCUUUUACCUGACCCUAUUCCUCAUCAUUGGGACAUGCGCCCUCUUCUUCGGCUUCGAGUGUCCGUAUCUGGCUGUCCACCUGUCCGCUGCCAUCCCAGUCUUCGCCGCUGUGCUUUUCCUCUUUGUCAUGGCCAUGCUACUGAGGACCAGCUUCAGUGACCCCGGUGUCCUUCCUCGCGCUCUUCCAGAGGAGGCCACAUUUAUCGAGAUGGAGAUCGAGGCCGCCAACGGCAAUGUCCCCAGCGGCCAGCGACCGCCUCCUCGAAUCCGCAACAUUGAGAUCAACAAUCAGAUCGUCAAGCUCAAGUACUGCUACACAUGCAAGAUCUUCCGGCCGCCGCGAGCGUCUCACUGCAGCAUCUGCGACAACUGCGUUGACCGUUUUGAUCACCACUGUCCGUGGGUGGGCAACUGCGUGGGCAAGAGGAACUACCGCUACUUCUACUUGUUCACACUCUCGCUCUCGCUCCUCACCAUUUACAUCUUCACAUUUGACAUCGUCCACGUGGUCAUGCGUUCAGUGGAGGAUGGCUUUUUGAGUGCUUUGAAGGAAACACCGGGAACUGUGCUGGAGUUGCUGGUGUGUUUCUUCACGCUAUGGUCAGUGGUCGGCCUGACUGGCUUCCACACCUACCUGAUCUCGCUCAACCAGACCACCAAUGAGGAUAUUAAAGGAUCAUGGUCGGGGAAGAACCGAGUGCAGAACCCCUACAGUCAUAAGAACAUCUUUAAAAACUGCUGUGAGGUGCUGUGUGGGCCAGCGUACCCGAGUGUCUUGGACAGGAGGGGCCUGAUGCACGAAGAUUCGCCUGUUUCUGCAUCGUCUGCUGCACCCUCCUCUUCCUCCUCCUCUUUAUCCUUUUCCAACAACAGCAAGCCAGCGCCACCAACCACUAAAACCACGGCGCCACUCAUCCCAAAUGAGCACACACCCGAUGAUGCCAAGGCGAGCAUCGGCGUCUCGGCAGAGCAGAGCUGCUCCUCUGAAGAUCUCCCUCCUUCCUUCAUUCCGCCUUUGGCUUCCCCCGAGACAGACGCUGAGGCCUCCGUCACCAAGGACAAUAGCCACUAACUGCGUUCCUCUGAGUCCUGUACGGUCAGGAACUCUCAUCGCACUGCGCUGGUGACUCAUCUUCUCUCCUUCCCCCGUGUGAGUGACGUAUCCUCCUUUCGGGAGAGGAGUGAUUUAAUGGAACGUCAGUAUCUUCCCAUCUGCUGAACACUUGGCUUGGCAAGUGUCUCUGAGGGAGCAAAGAAAAUGUGUGCAUGACAAACCGAAGAAAGGAGCUCCGAUCGGAUGAUUCUUCUUCCAAACCUUGUAUUAAUUUUAAAUCUGAGCAGCCAAUAUACACCAACCAAGCGGCCGGCAAAGACAUUCUCGCUCCUCUUCACUUGUAAAUUAUCAUUCAGUAAAGUCCCCUUUUUCCGUUGUGCACACAUUACUUGCUCUAUGCAAAUCGACAAGGCUGGACGAGUGGUGUUUGUGUGUAGCUGACAUACUUUAUUGGCUCCGUACAGGCAAGUUAAACAUCUACCUUGUGUUCUGUGAACUGCUGCAUUCAGUACUGUUACUAUAGCAAUGGAAACACCUGACCGUCCUUCCUUCCUUCUUUCCCUUUUUAUAUACAUAAUUGUUCAAGUCGUGUAUAAUAUUCUAUGACACUUGCUUCACUCACACAAAAUAUGUUCACCUGGAGACAUCCCACCAUUUCUGUGUGUGCGCAUACAUGCGUGUGUGUCUCCGCGCGUGUGCGUGCGUGUCUGCAUGUGUAUGUAGGCGUGUGUGGCUUUUGAUGCUCUUAGACCCUGGUAGCAAUUGUGCCUUAUCAUGAACGCAACAGACGUCUGACAACAAAGACACCCCUGAGUUAAAUCCGAAAUGCCAACAUUAAAACUUUAGAAGGCAUACAUGCAUACUCGCAAAAAGUUAGUGAUACACUGGGACUUUGAGAUACGAGUGACCUGACGAAAGAGUUUUUUGAGUUACAAACCGUCAUUCAGCUGAUUUGCUGUACUGCCUGCUGGUGGCUAAGGCAAGUACAUCCGAUAUGGUGGCACAGUGAAGUUAAUUGCAACAUUCUCUUGAAUUGGGUUUUUAACUUGUUUUUUUUUUGUUUUUCCAAAAGUGCAAUUUUAUAGACAUCUAUUUUCCCGUAUUAAGACCCACAAAUAAAAUGUGUCUGUUUUUGAGGGGUCUGUAAUAACGGAUUAACAGUAUUUCCAUUGAUCUCAUCAGCGAAAGAUGGUUUGAGAGAUGAAUGUUUUGAAUUAUGAGCAUAGUUAUGGAAAGAAUUAGACUUGUAUCUCAAAGCACCGCUGUAUUCAGCUUUUGGGUUGAAUUUCAGAAGUAAACAAGAAAUGCAAAAUUCACUAGGAAGUACACUUCUCUGUCUUUCUGCGAGUCUUGUAGUCGCGCUCCCUCUUUGUUGCAACUUGCUGAUUAUACUCUGACUGUCUUUAGAUCAGAGGCCGCUUGUCUCAAGGUGUCAAAAUGUGAAUGGUAUGAUGAAGAGGAGUUAGUACCAAUUGAAAACAAGAAGUUUCUUGGUCCAGCACGAAUAACAAAUUGUGCAAAAAAUUACUGAAACAAUGAACAGCUUUAUAUGUACAUCCACCAGUUUCCAAAGGUCGAAUUAAGUUCACCUGGAAAGGUUUUGUUGCAUUUUUCAUUGACCCUGAAAUUUCCUCCAAAGCAGAAUAUCCAUAACUUUUUGUGUACAUUAGGUUGAAUAUUUAUUUACUUUCGUGCUGAGAGGCACAUGAAGAUUAAGACUUGCGUCCUCCAAGUGACAACCACUGUUAGCUUAGCAUACAUUUCGGCUAAAGAACACGCUUAAAUCUGCCAAAGACUUUAAAUGAUUUGCUCUAAGUCAACUGCAACCUUGAUAUGCUGUAAAAUUGACACGUCGACUCAUCGGUUCUUCUUUCUUUGCUCCUCACACAUUCUAUAGUGUGAGGAGCAAAGAAAGAAGAAAGAAAACCAAAUGACAUUAGGUAUUAUCGUGCGCUAGUCUUGCUUGUCCUUGAAGGUUUCGGGGGAAAGAGUUCAAUUUUGCGACUUGUAAUGAGGAGUGCUAACUGUUAAUUUGGAUCAUAAUAAAAAGCAAAAAAUAAAAAUACAGCGACAAGCAAAGCCAUUGUUGAAUUGUACAUAUGUGGAUGUAGUGAAAAAGGCAAAAGCGUUUGACUUUUUUUCAAGUGUUCCCGAGUCCUGCCGUAAACCUAUAAAUCACACUCGAAACCAAUCAUCUCCCAGAAAAAAAGGCAGCUCAGUUUAACGCCUUUUCAUUUGCAUCAUUCUAGUGGAGGUUAGCCUCGUGGCUGCUUUAAAUGCAGGAAAUAAAAAAACGAAAGUAGGCGAGGGAGGGUAUGUGAGAGAUGAGACUCGAGUCACAGGAGGGAAAAAAAAGUCGAGCUGAUUUUUGGUGUUGAAAAUGUUAGCAAGUUUGUGAUUGUGUACUCUUGUGUCAUAUGCGUGAGAGAGUGUUAGUCUACUAUACGUGUGUAAAAGUGCUAAUUAUUGGACGCUGCCAACAGAUGGGGUCAAAAGUGACCAUUUCUCGUGUAGUAGUCAUGUCAGUUGAUUUUUAUUAGAGCCAAAAAGGAGAAUGAAUUGCAAAUUUGAGACGUUUUGUCAUUUCUGGCAGCUGUUUUUCUUUGUGAUGUGGAAACUUUAAGAAUGGAUGAUGGAUGUUGGAACCUUUUCAUGAACCCGAAAUGUUUUUUUUUCUCUUGGGUGACAAAAAAAGUAAUUUGGAAAUGGGUGAAUGUAUGCACCUUAUAUUUAUCACAAUAUCUAAGCUGAUGAUUUCUUUUCAGUUGUAUGAUUUUUGUUUGGUUUUGUUUUGUUGAUAUAUUUGCCAUGAUCAGACCAGAAUGCUCGGAUAUACAAUAUAUUGAUGACAUCAGUACUCGUUAUUUAUGCCCACUUUGUUUGGUCUUAACACUGUGAUUCUCUGUAUUUUAUUCCAGUUACUCCACUUCUUUUUACAUCAUCAAUAUGUCGGUUAAAUAAACCAUAUUGUAUUAAUAA